GGCAAUAACAUAGCUGAAUGAAAAGAAAAUCAUUUGGACAAAAUACAAAUAUAUAAAAGUUGGGGUGGGUAGUCAAAAACUCUCGUUGUCACUACGUGUGUUGCUAAAUAAUACUUUCAAUCAUUAAUAUAUUUGAAUCAUUCACUCAGUUCUGUCACCGCCUCUUUUUUACAUGUUAAACAGCUAGGAACAGCAGCUAAAUUCUCUUAAAUCACAUCCUACCCUCUUAAGUAAAGAAGUAUGCAUGUAGCCCCUGAUAUAUAAAAAGACGCGAUGGUCAUGGCUGGAACACAAUUGAUCCUAUGUUUCUUUAAUCAGGGAUCUUCUACAUGGCAGCCGGAUCGGCUAGAAAAACCAACCGAAUCUCCUUCAAGCCAUAUCCUCCUAGUAUAGUCGAAGUGCGCUAUGCUGGGUGGAUGGGUUGGUGGGGGAGACAGGACGAUCAUAGUCGUAAUGUCUUCGAUCAUAAAUUUAAAACUGGGGCUGAUUUUCCUUUCCUCUUCGACUUAUUCACGCAUGUUUAUACCCUGUAUUUGAAGAUCUCAUUAAUGCGUGCACGAAGAUACACGCUGAAGUGUAUGCUUGUGUGUGAAUGAUAGUGAAAAAGAACGAAAGAGACCGAGCUAUCGGUAGACCUUGUCCAACCUGUAUAAUGUUUGUUGGGCGAGCUAGCUUACAUGCAGGGGUUCCGAGACGUGCCUGUUGCUACAUUACUUCAGAUCUACAGUGACACAUUAAUUCUUUUGCGGACAGGUGGCAGGUAAAUCCAUAGGUGGACGUUGUCGUGUGAAGUAGCUGUCAGGUUCUAGCAAGCAGGAUUGUAUAUUCAACGUACCCGCCUUUCUUACCCUGAGGUGAGAUUGUUAUCAUUUCAAAGCAGGCACUUCACGCACAGCAAUUAACGUACACACGUACUGACAAGUGCAACCCAACUUUUUGUUUUUUAACGCACUCCCAGCUACUUGUGUUUAAGUUUCAAGGAAACGUCGGUUCCUAUUUACAGAUCAAUCCCUUUAUAUAACUUGCAAGACAUAUAAUACCUAUAUGAACAGGAUAAAAAAAAAAGAAAGAAAGAAAAAGAAACAAUUAUACAUGUACUUCUCUGUAUAUGUAUCGUUUCUCCUCUUAAAUAAUCUUUUUAUUAAAAGAAAAAGUAAUCUCUGUCACCUUGUAUUUUAUUUUAUUGUCUUUUAUUUUGCUUUACUGUCUGGAAAGGAGACUGUUGAUUAGAAAAUCAGUGUUUGCUUUCUUUUCCUUCUUUUCUCCUCCUCCUGAAGUAUACACCUCAUUAUUACAGUACAACUACCUGAAGUAGAAGUUUCAUUAUUCAGGUGUGUGGCAGUGACAGUUUACUAACGCAAUUAUUUAAUGUUUCCUACAUAUCUCGCUUGUUUUGGAAUAUUUACCAAGAAAACACACAGCAAAGAACAAAUCUUUUUUAUCAAAUACAUUUUUUCCCUUAAAGAAAAAACACCUAAUAAUUAAUAUAACAUUACAAACUCUUUACAGUUGGCAUUAACAAGUUUAAGCAACACCAACAAGUGUCCUGCUCAACUUUAAUCUGCUAGAAAUAUUUUUUCUUUCCACUUUAUAUAAAUGUGAGGACAGCUUUCCUUCGUUUUCUUAUUGUCAUUUGACAGAUACCUCGGCCACACAGUUCGUCCUAACUUGUUUCAGUCCAGUUACUUGGCCUUAUGACGAUAUAUAUUUCUCAAGAGAGAACGGAAAGGAAGACAGAAAGAUUAAAACAACAAAGCGCACCUGAGACCAAAUCGACAAAUGAAUCAUAAAAGAAAGAGGCAGGGUGAAUGUUAGAACAAGUCACACGCUGGUGACGUUUAACCAUGUUUCACAACAGUAACACUCUAAAACCUGCAAAGGUAAAAAACCUGCUUCAUUUUUGUGACAAAACGAAAAAAAUGUCGUGAUCAAAUAUUAAGAAUUUUUAAAAGCAUUUGUUUUUCGUGUUGAAAACUCCAGAAUGAAUUUGUGGAUUAUCACCUAAACUAAAUAUUAUAACUUCUUGUCAUCAAAUGUCACCAACAUAGUUGUCUGUUUAUUUUUUUUAUUUUGCUUUCUUUGGAUACCAAAUUUUAAGCAUUUUGUCUUAAACAACUUUAUUUUUCCUUUCUUUUAACCGCUACAUAUUUUUUCAUUUAUUUUGUACUUUUAUUGAACUUCAAUAUUUUCUUAAUUUAUUGUACAUUUAUGAGUACCAGGUGUGGACUAGUUAAUAUUUCACCUUGUACUAAACAAGAACAAACAAAAUAAGUCGGAUGAAGCUUAAGUUUAAUUUAAGACAAGCUUAAUAAACACUUUCUUAUAAAACUCGAAAGAGUAAAAAAAGUUUUAAGAAGAUGGCUGUCAGAGCAACAGAUUGUUUGUUGUCAAGUCCUGCGAUAGCUUCUAAGUGUAACAGCCCCCUUUCUAAACCGUCUCAGUUACCAUCACCGUCACCAAAACCGAAUUCUAGUCGACUAACGCGACAUAAUGGUUCUAACAAACCAAUGUCAAUGAAGGAACACCUAGCCAAACAGAAACUACCUUUCUGGGUGAGACUUGUUUCAGGAAACUGCCGACGUUCAUCGGAAUCAUUGCUUAUGCCAGCUAUUCGAUCUAACUCUUCUGAUACUGUCAGUGCUCCUAUACAAAUCUUGGAGAUUCGUCGAAGAAGAUUUGUAACUGCUAGCAAGAUGCAAUGGGAAAGGAGAGUCCAGGAUUACGUAGUGACCGGUUCAGACCUUCCUAUUCCACUUCAUUUCACAGGUUGGUUCGAAGUGAUUCCAGACGAUGGACGACCUGUAGAAUAUUUUGACUCAAUACAAGGAAUCACUGCCAUCAAACCCAAGAAAUUUCUGGUGCGUACAUCUACAGUUGGAUAUGAGUUAGGAGAAGAAAACGGUUCUGUAUCCUGGGUACCAAGAGAGAUUUUUCCAGGUGAAGUACUAAGUACCGGAAUGGUUUAUAUGGAUCAUCGCAAGACUUGUCUUUCUACUAACAUGAAAAACUUAUUUAAAAGAUUCCUAAAGUACCGUACCAUUAAUACAAAGAAAGAUCAAGACUUGAAAUAUCUUCAGUGCUUUGAUGGACAAGGUCAUGAGGUCAUGAUCCCUUUGAUUAUGACAGGUGUAUUUAGCCCUGUUGGAGACCCAAAUAAGAAGAAUUAUGAUGCUGUCUAUGAACUAAAAGAUUUAACAAAAGCUUUUGAUCUUCCUGUGAAAGCUCAGUUAGUACAUGCAGAACCCAAUCAGAGACAUUAUGUACCACAUGGAGUGUUAAAAUUAAAAACACUUGAUGAAGAUGAUUGUGUUGUUGCAUCAAAACGCCUUGAUCAAAGGGAAACAUUUGAACUUCCUCUAGAUGAAGAUUUGCGUUAUAUCAGAGAUAUAGCCCCAAAAUCUCCACUUGUAAGAAAACUUUCUACUCGCAGCCUGGUUCUUCCAAAUUAUGCAUCUAAAUCUCUUAAUAGAACACCAUUUUUCUCCAAUAAAACUGACCAAAAACCAAAAGUUGAUUUACCACUUCGUGUUCCUACAAAAGACACCAAGAAACCGAAAGCAGCAGGUUUCAUUGAAAGGUUUGGUGCUCGUAAGACAAAAAAGGAAAGAGCAGCAUUUAAAGCUCUCCAAGAAGAAGGUGUAUUUUCUUCUCGAUUAUGUAAAGCUGAGAUGCCUUUUGAUGCAUUCUACUCUGCUUAUACAGAAGAGGCUAAUAAUAGCAUCAAGAAGAAUAAUGGUCAAGAAUCUGAGAACAAGUCUGAACCUGAGAACAAGGCUGCUGAUGGAUCAAUAUCAUCACAGUCUUCAACAUCCACUAUUACACCAACGGGUCCCCCUUUGUGUUCACCAGAAUCUUCUCUGAUCGAUCCAUUUGAGAGUCAAUAUGCCAAAAUCUGCAAGAAGCCAUCAAUGAUGAAACGUGACUUGCCUCCUGUGCCUUUAGAUAACAAAGACGACAGUGAAACUGGAACUAUUGUAGAUGAAGAUGGCAAAUUGUCCAUGUCUUCAACUGACACUUUGUACGAGCAUCUACCAGAAGCACCAAACCCACCACCAAAGUCCCCUUCCCUUGCAAAACCAGAACUUGAUUUUAAUUCUAAAGAAAAUGAGAUGAGUUUAGUAGAAAAUGAAGAAGAUGGUUAUAUGGUACCUUCCCAUUUGCAAAGAAAGAAAACACAGAAACAUAACUUGACAAAUCCAAUUGUGGUAUCACAAUCUCGAGAUGUGUUUCAGCCAAACUUUAUCCCUAAAUUUUACAAAGAUACAACAUAUGCUAACUGUGGAAGACCUAGAAAUGGAUACAAAUCUGCUUUUCAGCACAAUUCCAGUCUUGAUAGAAAGUUACUGAGUGAAACAUCAGUAUCAACUUCCAAUCUAAACCGAAUCUCCCACAAGCCACCUCCAACUACUCCAUGCUCUCGCAGGAAUUCUGCUGCAGCAGAACAUAGUUCUUCACGGAGUCGUUUCCAAAGACAAAACAAUGUCCAGAAAAUCUGCCAGUGUCAUCAGAAUCCAAACCUGAUCAACUGCCCACACUAUUCUGCAGAACUUCAGCGCAGCUCUCACACAAUGGAUCCCAAUUUAACUUUACGGCACCACAAUAUGAGACGGCUGAAAAGUGCGAUAGAAAUGCUUCAUUUUACUGAUUCCUUCCACGAAACGAGACCCGCAUCAUUUGGUUCCAGCUGUUCCCCGACUGAAGAAUGUUGUCCACAUGACCAUUAUGAUGUCAAAGGAUUUCAACAACCAUAUGACUAUUUUGAAGUUGGUAACAACCAGCCAAACCACAAUCCAUACUCCGAGAGUGAUCCAGGCAAUCGUUAUUUUGUCCGAUCUGUGUCUGUAACAGGACUUAGCGACAACUGUGCCAAACAUGGUGACGACUCAGCUAUAUCUCUCUGUUCAAAAGGUGACUACGGUUAUCAGGCAGGGAGUGAUUUCAGCUAUACAGACUACACAGAUGUUUUUAAUGACGAUGGAUGGCGUCCACCUGACAAUAUUAGUAGCCUUUCUGUGCAAGACGUUUCUCGUUCUCUGCGUUACAUUGGCAUGAAGGACAGAGUGGUGAAAAGAUUUGCAAACGAACAGAUUGAUGGACAAAUGUUAGCUUCUCUGGAUUGGAAAUUACUGCAAGAUGGGUUCCCAGAACUAAAUACUUUGGAAGUAAAAAAAAUUAUUGAUUUUGUUAAUGGUUGGCGACCAAAGAAAUCAGUAUCAUAAUCUUGCAAAACUAUAAAACAAAUAAAUACACACACACACACACACAUAUACAUGCAUAUAUAUAUAUAUAAUAUAUAUAAUAUAUAUAUA